AAGAAAAUAUUAAAAAUUCAACCCGAAUUGUUGUAAUUGUGAAUAAAAAGAAGAAAUCUAGUAUCUUAAUUCUGAAGGCAGCCGAUGUUGCUGAUUCUGGAAUCUAUCAAUGUUGUGCUGGUGACUCAAGAGACAGUAAAAAUGAGAGUACAGAAGUGAAAAUUUGGGAAAUGCCCAACAUGAUGGUGAAUCAGACCCCAGGACAUGUCAACGAAACAGAAGGGGCAAAUGUCACCAUUAAGUGCCAGUUCAGGAGACCUGCCAACCUCAGCUUGAUGGAGGUGAAAUGGCAUAAAGACGGCCAGGAAAUCAGCAGCUUAAACCACUCUGUGCAAUUAAGUCAGGAAGGGACUCUCAUGCUGAUGAAUGCAAAUGUGGAGGAUUCAGGAAACUAUGUAUGCGCAGUCAGGAUCAGAAAUCGGACAGGAUCGGGAAAUGGAACACACGUUCACAUCCGUGCAGGACGUGAGAAGCCAUCACAGAAUGCCAACAUCAAUGCUGACAACAGGCAACCAAGCCAGCCCCAUGAAAAUAUCAGGAGUGGAAUCGGAAUCCCCGUGGGUGUUGGCGUAGCGGUGGGCACCCUCGUCUUCUUGCUGCUGCUGGGUGUCGUGGUGUGGAGGUCCAAGAGGAAAGGCAAAGGAACUUCAGGAAACCCCUCAGAGGUGGAUCCAGCUUUAACCAAAGAAGCCAGAAAGCACACUUCUCUGACCAACCAAGUGAGCAAUGUAACAUAUGCUGACCUGAGAUUCCACAAAAGGGAAGUGCAACCAGAUGCUGAAGUUGUGUAUGCAGAAGUGAGGGGUGCAAAACGGCCUGGGCACCAAGACAGAGCAACCCAGCCUGCAGGCCUUCAUUGAGAGAAGAAGGCAGAAGGGGGUAUUGAGAGACAAGCUGCCUCCAGAAGUUCCUGAGAUAUGCCCUACCAUGAAACUUUCCUCUUAAAAGGCUGUUGCCUUGACAAGUCUCCACCUGUUAUCCACGAAUGGAAGAAUUGCAGCCUGCCUCCCCUUUCCUGCUUUGGUAAGGAUGAACAAUGCUGUCUUCUAAACUGAAGUCCCGAUGACGCACCAGCUUGUCUUCCAAAGGCCAGCCUUCUCUUGACAGGGU